AUGACUUGCAAGCACCAGGGACAUCGACGGCUGGAUGUGCCUAUGUUCUGCAACGCCAAGGAGUCAAGCAUAUGGGCGCUGGAAGAGCGAGGGACCCUUGGAAUAGAGAUUGAUGGACAAGUCGAAAGUGACACAGAGAGUGAAGAAGAUGAAGUAAAGGACAAGAAACCUAAGAAACGGCCCCUCAGGGAAAUUGGCCGAGCAAGCAGACUCGAAAGGAAAGAGCAAGAGAACAACAAAGAAGAUGAAGAAGAAGAAGACAGUAAAGAGGAAGAUAGUUGCAGCCAACAAAACAGAGCUUCUAAGAGAAAAAACUACCAAAGAGAAAACAGUCAUGGAAAAAAGGCAGGUGAGGAAGGAAGCCGGCAGAGAGAGCGAGGCAAAAAGGCUCCUUCCAAAGGUCAAAAGGAGUCAGAAAACAAAGAAAAAACAAACAAGAAAGGAAAAGAGGGGGCAAACACACAGAAGAAAGACAGGAAAAACAGUACCUCCUCUGCUUCUUCCAACUCGUCUGACGAGGAGUCACUGUCUGAGGAAGAGCUUGCGAUGCUGAUGGAGCAGGUGGAGCAAAAGAAAAAACUGAUUUCCACCAUGAGGAACAAGCCCUGGAGGAUGGUGAAGAAGCUCUCAGUGCUCAGGGAGGCACAAGCUUUUGUAGAGAAGUUUGAAGGAGCUCUGGGAAAAGGGAAGGGUAAAAAGUUGUACGCCUAUAAGAUGAUGAUGGCAAAGAAAUGGGUGAAAUUUAAGAGAGACUUUGACAAUUUUAAAACCCAGUGCAUACCCUGGGAGAUGAAGAUAAAAGAAGUGGAGAGCCACUUCGGCUCUUCAGUCGCUUCCUACUUCAUCUUUCUGCGGUGGAUGUACGGAGUAAAUCUGGUCCUUUUUGGGUUAAUAUUUGGACUGGUUAUAAUUCCAGAGGUCCUGAUGGGAAUGCCAUAUGGGAGCAUGCCAAGGAAAACUGUACCCCGGGCUGAACAAGCAACAGCUAUGGAUUUUUCUGUUCUUUGGGAUUUUGAGGGCUACAUCAAAUACUCGGCACUUUUUUAUGGCUACUACAACAACCAGAGGACAAUUGGCUGGUUAAAAUACAGGCUACCCAUGGCCUAUUUCAUGGUUGGGAUCAGCGUCUUUGGCUACAGCCUGAUGGUUGUUAUACGAUCGUAA